AUGGAUAUCGUUCUCGAAGUUGUUGACACCCUCCUCUUAGACCGUGUCUACUCAACGCUGUUCCCAGCCAGUCCCUCUGAAUACAUCAGCCAAAAGUUCAAUAAUGUCACUUCCUCCACGUUUUCAAGCAUUCGGGAGGGUGCUAGGGCGUCGCCUCAAUACACGUAUAUUUUCGAGCCCGCUUCCCAAAUCAUCAACCUCCAACCAACACACUGGGCCUACAGCAGCUCGUUGCCACGCGAUAACAUAUACAGACAAGGUGCCAGCCUUUUUAUGAUAGUAUGGAUUUUCGGUGCACUCCUAUACUUCAUCUGCGCCAGCCUUUCCUAUGUGUUCAUUUUUGACAAGGACACCGUGAACCACCCGAAGUAUCUCAAGAAUCAAGUCCGUCUAGAAAUUGCUCAGGCGAUCAGGGCUCUGCCGGGGAUGUCGCUUCUAACUGCCGCCUGCAUGUUGGCCGAAGUUCGUGGUUACGCAAAACUCUACGACACAACCUCAGAAGCCCCCUUCUCGGCGUACAACUGGAUCCAGUUCCCUUUCUUUGUCCUAUUUACCGACUUCUUGAUUUAUUGGAUCCAUCGCGGUUUACAUCACCCUUCGAUCUACAAGAACCUUCACAAAGCACACCAUAAAUGGAUCAUGCCCACUCCAUUUGCAUCUCACGCCUUCCAUCCCCUUGAUGGAUUCGCCCAGUCAAUCCCAUACCAUCUGUUCCCAUUCCUGUUCCCGCUCCAGAAAUUUGCCUACAUCGCCCUCUUCGUUUUCAUCAACAUAUGGACAAUUUUCAUUCACGACGGCGAAUAUUAUGCCAAUUCCCCUCUGAUCAACGGCGCAGCGUGCCAUACUAUGCAUCAUCUCUACUUUAAUUUCAAUUACGGUCAGUUUACGACGCUAUGGGAUAGGCUAGGUGGAAGUUACAGAAAGCCAAAUGAUGAACUGUUUCGACGUGAUACCAAAAUGGGUAGCAAGGAGUGGCAAAGACAGACCAAGGAGAUGGAGAAGAUUCAGCAGGAAGUUGAAGGCAAGGACGACCGCCACUAUGACAACAAGAAGACCCAGUAA